AUGACUGUCUGUAGAGAAUUACUUGUCAGUUACUCAGAUGGAUCCUGUGUGAUGCAGGUGAAGGUUAUAUUGGGCAAUCAUGAAGGCCUUGAAGAUGAAGGGAUAAAAACAAGGUAUGUAAAGCUGCUGAGACAGAUCUAUGAUCAGGCCACAAUGACAUUCAGGGUGGAUGAAGACCUUAUCACCAGUAGGGUCCCAACUGGUAAAGGUGUUCGCCAAGAUGACACAGUCUCUCUGAAACUGUUCAAUCUUGCAUUAGAAGAUAUAUUCAAAUUCCUAGACUGGAAUAACAGAGGAAUAAAAAUAAAUGGCUCAUUUUUAAGAACUAAAGAGUAUGAUCUAAGAACUAAUACUUGCAUCUACCAAGAUUGGCUUCGAAAUGAACAGAACAAACCAUUUACAUUUGGAAACCAGUCUAUAGCAGCUGUUGAUGAAUAUAUCUACUUUGUCCACAAGAUUAAAGUAGGGAAAACAUCCGAAGUACAGAAAUUCCUUGCAGAACAGGACUGA